CGCGCACACGGCGCGAGUGCAGUGUUGGAUGCGGUAUCGCGGGCUGGCCGGCUGGGCAGGCGCCGCGCCGCGCGCGCCGGGCAUGCACGCCAAGGCCCCGUCUCCCUCCGCAGCGUCAGCCACGCUCUUCGCCAUGGAAGCGCUAGGAGACUGGAUUUUCGACGGGCCUAUUAUUUUUCCAGAGUUCGGGAUAUUCUAUGCCCCGCCAUCAUCUUCCACGGUGACUUCCAGCCCAAGAGGGCUUAACCCUAACGCCGAAGUUUUCGAGAGCAAAUUCUUCGGUGCGGGGACUGAUGGUCCCAGUGCUUGGGAAGCUGUUGACCGCGAGUACACGCUUGCGGAACCGAAUUAUUUCAGAGGUUACGUGUACAUGAAUGGGGACAUCGGCAAGCUCCCUUCAGGGGCGGUGUACCCUACCACCCCUGAGUCCUUGGCCGUCACUGCUACCUCAGAUUACAGUGGGUCAUUGAAUGGUGUAACUGACUCACUGGAGACGUACGUGCAAGCCAGCUCUCCUCCAGGGGGAUCGCUAGCGGACCCAAGCCCUGGGUCUGAUGCAGGCAUCCCCCUGGAUCAGCUUAAACAGAUGUUGUCAUCACAGCUAGAAUAUUAUUUUUCCAGAGAGAAUUUGGCUAAUGAUGCCUAUCUUUUGUCUCAAAUGGAUAAUGAUCAGUAUGUCCCAAUUUGGACUGUUGCCAAUUUCAAUCAAGUCAAAAAGCUGACUAAAGAUAUCAAACUUAUCACAGAAGUAUUACGAGAAUCACCUAAUGUUCAAGUUGAUGAAGAAGGAAUUAAGGUGCGACCAAAUCAUAAAAGAUGUAUUGUGAUAUUGCGUGAAAUUCCUGACAACACUCCCUUAGAUGAAGUGAAGGCAUUAUUUUCUGGUGAAGGUUGUCCCCGUUUAAUUUCUUGUGAAUUUGCACAUAAUAAUUCAUGGUAUGUUACCUUUGAAUCUGAUGAGGAUGCCCAGAAAGCGUAUAGGUUCCUUCGAGAAGAAGUUAGAGAAUUUCAGGGUAAACCAAUUAUGGCAAGAAUCAAGGCUAAACCUAUGAACAGGUUGCCUUUACCACCAGUAUCUGCAAUGGGUGCUGCUGCUAUGAAGAAUGGAUAUCGUACUCCUCCAACAGCUAUAUACGACCCCAAUUCUUAUCAAGGCCAGCAAAGAUUCUUGUACAGUAAUGGUAGUUCAUUGCCCCCAAAUGUGAAUUAUGGAAAUCAAGUUCAGAUAUAUGCAUUUCAACAUCAGCAGCCAUUCUAUCCACCAAGUAUGCUCCAACCUUGGCCUCCUGCUGGGCCUGGCUUUGUGGAAUUGGGAAGCGUUUUUUCCUUCAAUGGUUUGGCUCCACAGGCAUCCUUCACCAAACCUCAAGGAUCUAGAACCUACAAUCCUCGUAGCAGGAAUAAGAGGAACCAACCAUUGAGUGAUCGGUCAAGUUUAUCAGAUGUCAUGAAUUUGGGUCGUCAUUCUGCUGGUAGUCAUUCAUAUCACCAUCAUCUGGGAGGAAUGGGAAGCUCAGUGACUGGCGCUAUUGGAGGGACACAUAAUAAAAAUUCAAGCAGUGCAUGUGGAAACAACCCGUCAGUAGGAGGAAAGUUACAGACAGUGGCUGCAGUUGGGGUGGUUAACGAUGCACAUCAUAAUCAUUCCAAGAGCCAUCAGUCAUCUACUCAAGAUGCCAGUGAUACAAGCAGUGUACCUAGUCAGAAUUUACCUGGACCCUUGCUGCGAGGUGACAGUGAGGACUACAGGCAGUCCCGUGAUCUUCUUACAGCCAAGGAGCCAAUGCCACCCAGGCAUCGUCGAAGGAGGAAAGAGGAUGAGGUUAUUGGGACAGGACGAACAACUGUGAUUGGAUCUGGGAAACCCUCCUCUAGUGGAAGUCCUCAACCUGCAAGUCGUGAAUCAAUUGUUCCAAGUUCCAGAGGUGCCCAAUUUGAUCUUGAAGCAACUGCUUUUCCUCCAUUGCCAGGGAUGGAUAAUGGGGUUGGUAUUAAUACAAAGAGUGCAGUGCCUGUGGAAACAGUUCCAGUGGAUACCUCGAGCUCUCACUGGGAAAAUAGAUUAUCAGAUGUUGUUAAAGGCACUGUGAAAGCUAAGUGUCAGAAUGCGAGCACAAACACCAAGGAGAAAGAUGUGAACAGUGGGAUGGGAUCUGUAUCUCCUCGAGCUACAACUCCCACAUCUCCUGUACCCAAGAGUGCUGUGCCUCCAGUUUCAAUAGAAAACAAGCAAGCUCAAGUUCAACAAGGAUCACAAUUACAACAAUCCUCAAUACCAUUACAACAGCAGCAGCAGCAACCACAGCAACAACAGCAACCACAACAACAGCAACCACAACAACAGCAACAGCAGCAACAGCAACAGCAGCAGCAGCAGCAGCAACAACAGUCAUCUUCAUUGCAGCAGCCAAUGCAACACCAACAAAAAGUGCAUCAGCUAUCGACACAGCAAUUUCAACAACAGCAGCAGCAGCAACCGCUGCCACCACCACCCCCACAACAACAGUUGAUGCAGCAGACCCCAUUACAGAUUCCUCCUCAACAACAAAUACCAGCUUCUACUGUUGUGCCACAAGCAGUGCCGUCUCACCAACCCCAAACAAGUCAAGUGCCACAGGCAGUGCUGCCUAAUACAGUUGCACAUCAGCCAGUGCCCUUGCUAACACAACAGCGGCAGACUAGUCAUUCAAUGUUUCCACUCUCAGUUACUACUACUACUACUACUACUACUGUAUUGGUAUCUGAUAAAGAAACUAAAGAAGUAGGAACGGGCAAUGAUAAUGGUCUUAGCUCCUUUGCCCUAACUCCGCCUCUUUCUCCCGAGAAGACAGUUCCUGUUGCCACCAAAUUGAUGGCUGACAAAGCUACCAAGACUGAUGAUACACUCCUGACCGGUGACUAUAUUGGUGGGAGUCAAAGUUUGAGUUCAAAGACUGGAGAUGGACAUAAUGUAAAGCAUACACUGCCUGCCCCACCAAAUGUGGUGUUUCCUGCUUCUAAGCCUGUUCCUACUACCACCAAUGCUGCCACAAUGACUAGUGCAGUAGUGGUGUCUGAUAUAAUGACUGCUCCAUCCCGCAUGACAGCUACAACUGCAAUUGCCAGCACAGUAACUACAGCCAGUGUGGUAUCACCUGCUACUAGUAUUCCUCCUGGAGAGACAUCAGUCAAUUCAUUGACAGUGGCAAGUGCGAGUAAUUUGUGUUUGCCUCAUUUAUCUGUGUUAUCUGGAACUACAUCCAUUUCUACAACUGCUGUGACAACUGUUGCUGUAUCUUCCUCUGUGGUAUGUUUAUUUAAUCAUUCAGCAUUAUUGUGUUAAAAUACAGAUUUUUCUGCUAUUGUUUUGAUUAAAUGUUAAUAUAUUGAAGGUUUUGUAGUCGCUUCACCUCAAAGCUUAUUACUUUUAUUGUGGAAUGUUAUGGAGAACUGAAUUGUGUUGCUUCAAUUUGGUAUUUUGUACUAUACCAAAGAUAAGACUCCUGAAAUAACAAUCAUCUUGUAUAACUUGUUAGAAUUUUUAGUCAAUCUGUAACACUGCAUAAAACAUGAUGCUAGUGGUUCAAAUCUAUUAGGUAUGUGUAAUCUAUUAGGUACCUACAAAUUGUAGGCACAUUACACUUUGUCAUCUUAAUUGUGAUGUGGUAGAGUAAUUAAUACAGACCAAAACUGGAAAUUUAAAAAAAUUAUUUAUUUCUUCAUGAUUUGUUUGUGUUCAAAAAGUUUGGAGGAUAUAUCUGAGUAAUAACAAAUGUACUUGUGUGGAUUUGUUUUCUCUGCACGACCUUUAAAUUCUUCAAUAAUCCAUAUGUGGAAAUGUAGUUGACGUUCAGCAUGCCACCUUUGAGUCUGCUUUAAUAGAAUUAUAUGUUGUUUCAUUUUCAAUAUUAUACUUCUAUACAGAAAUUAGUGAUGGCUAAUCUGCUAGUUUUAUGAAUUAGUGAGCUGUCACUCUCUAUUUGGAACUUGAAUAUCUGAAAUACUGGAACAUGUUAUUGUAAUUUCAUAACAAAUUUGAGCAAUUUUUAUAUAUUUUAUAUAAUUUUUCAUAUUAGCCAACUGCACGGCCCAUUAAGGGCAAAGGCCUCCUGCUGGAGUAGAGAAUUAUUAAUACUUAUUUAAUGAAGUGAUAUGAUGAGGGGUGAAAUGACAAUACCAAAUACAUUCAUGCCGAGGCUUCAUUUGAACCCGCAAUCCUUCGAUCCGAGGAUUGAAACCGCCACAACACUUCUGCCUACAGCUAGUUCUCAAUUAUAACUUAAAUUUGUUUUUGACACAAUUAUAACAUAUCUUGCAUACAUGUCAGAAUCAAUCAUCAACUACCUCUCUUACAUCUAUUAGCAAUUGACAAUAUUCCUGUUAAUGUAAAUAUGUCCUAUAAAAUAAUCCAUUAAUUAAAUAUUUGAUAUAAAUGACACAAAUGCUCUAAAUAUAUUUUAUUAGAUUAUAUCAAUUUUAAUUAUUUUGCUAUUCUUUUAUGAUAGUGACAUGUGCUCUAAAUACAGGUAGGAACUGACAAUAUUUUUCUUGACCCCUUUGAUUUUGUUUAACUAAGAAUGUACAUUAGAUGACAAGUAAAGUGGACUAACAAAACCAUUUUAAUUAAAUUUUAUUUAUAAGUUAAA